UUUAGUUGAUUGACUCGAGAAAUUUAUUAAGUAAAAUGGUCACGUAAAUUGUUAGUAAAAGCGAAAAUGUCGUUCGAAUAUUAUUCUAAAUGGUGGGCUGGCACCCGGGAAGUUCUCGAGGAUUUAGUAGCUCGAGAUGCUGCUUUUGUGGCUGCUACCGACCAGAAAUUAAAAAAUAGAAAUAUAGCAAGCCACCAAGUAGGUGGAUUAUACGCGAAGUAUUGCAUGUUGGUGCAAGACUUAGGCACAAUAUUGGAUCAAUUGGCACAGCCUCAAAAACGUAUUGUUGUUAGAAAAAUCAUGGAUGCCGCUACUAUACGCCUACACGAACUUAACGAAGAAUUACGAAACAUUGAUAUAUCAGAGUACCACUACAUAGACGGAGCGUUGGUCGAAUUAAAAUUAGUACCCCAAGAUGUAGAAAUUUUAGAUCCGAUUCUCUAUUAUCUUCGACACUACACGGUAGAAGAACUGUGGACUAAAAUUAAGAACGGUGAAAGAAUUUACGAACCACCACCUCCACCAUCGCCACCUGCAGAAGAAGAACAAGAAGUAAAAGAAGGUGAAGAAAAAGUAAAAGAAGGUGAAGAAAAACCAAAUAAAGAAGAAGCUGCUGCUGAACCAACUCCAGAACAACCAAAAGAAGUUAAAGUGGAAGCCAAAAAAAGACCAAAGAAAUACGUUCCCGAAGUUAAAGUCUUAACAGUGGAAGAGAUGGAAGCACUAAAGAAGAAAGAGAAAAUAUCCUCAAUUGUGAAUUUAAUUCAAGUUGCUGAACGUGGCAGACAAGCUAGGUUGUACUUUAACGAAAAAUAUAACGAAAACGAACAUAAAAAGAAACUCCGUCUUGGUUUAAAACCUCAGGAAGUCGAUGCGGAAAAUCAGGAAAAAUCGGCCCUUCAAGUUCAAAAGUUGUGGCGAGGACACUGCGCACGCCAACUUGUCAAGAGAAAGGAAAAAGAAAGACGGUUUUUAAUCGGAAUGUACGAACCCAGUUGGAGAUCCAAAGAAGAAUUCGAAACUUUAGAACGGAAUUUGCAUAAACGUCGGGAUAUACGAGAUCAAAGAAUAAAAGAGUAUAUUGAAGCUAAUUUGAACGAGAGAGCUCGAGUGUUUAGAGUGGUUGGCCCGGGGUUAAUGGAGGACAUUGGUGACGAAAUUAGAGAAUGGUUUUGGCAGUGGUACACCCAGGUAAAAAAUUUUGACAACUAUCCACCUGAAGAAAAAGGUGGUACGGUUUUGGUGGUUCGUGGGGAGACGAUGACUCCUAAGGAAUGGAUAGACGACGUGGAAAGGAAAAGGAAAGAAAAGCGGAAAAACAAGGGUAGAGAUAAAGAGAAACUUAAAGCUGAAAAGGAGAAACAGAAAAAAUUGAAAGCGGACCAAAAAAAGAAGGAAAAGGAAAAGAAGAAGAAAGAGAUGUUGAGGAAGAAGAAUAAAAAGCUUAAGCCUUGGGACUUUGAAUUGGAGUAUGAACCCACUAUAGCUAGAGAUCCGUUUCUAAAAGCCUUUGAAGAGUAUCACGAAUUUUUUGACGAAAGAAAAGAUGCAGAUAACCCCGAAGAAAAAACUUACAUGGACAUAAUUCAUGAAGAAAAGUGCUACGAAAUGCAGUUGGAGCUAAGAAAGAUAGUCGAUGAUAUGAUGAGACUUGAGUUAGAACAGUUAGAAGAGGCUCUAUUAAAGGAUCGAGCUAAGGUAAAAGGGAAAAAGUACAAAAAGAAGAAGAAGAAAAAAAAGAAGAAACCGAAAAGUAAGAAGAAAAAAAACAAAGACAUGACUGCCAACAGGACCACUGAAGAUUUGUUUCAAGAAUUAGUUAAUAACGGAAUAAUUCACCCAUACGAAAAACACUACCUAACGGAAUUCAAAGGAGAUUUUAGCUAUAAUAAUUGUGAGAAGCGUAACCAGGGUUUUGACCCUCCGGCUACUUUAGGUGAUGUUCGACAAGCUGUGAAGCUAAAUUGCAUAGCACCUUUGAGUACCGAAGCUAUGAAGAAACCCAGGUCAGUACUGUUAGCUGGGCCAAGACAAAGUGGAAAGCAUCUCCUUGCUAACGCCGUCUUCACUGAAAGUCAGAGUGUGUUGUUCGAUUUAUCACCGGAAAUUUUAGCUGGAAAAUACCCUGGAAAGAAAGGCAUGAAAAUGUUGAUCCAUUUAAUCAAUAAAAUGUCCCGUGUCCUGCAGCCAUCUGUUAUUUUUCUGGAUGGAGCGGAAAAAGUUUUUUAUAAAAAAGUGCCAAAAGCUGAAAAGCAGUUAGAUCCAAAACGAAUUGGCAAAAAACUCCAGAAGGGAAUUAUCAAGACUAUAAAGCCUGAAGAUAGGGUGUUAGUUUUUGGAAUAACUGGCGCUCCGUGGUUAGGAAAACCAGGAAAAAUGAAAAAAGUUUUCGAAAGGAUUAUUCUGAUGCCUCGUCCGGACUACGGAAGUGUGCUCUUAUUUUGGAGGGACUUACUCAUGCCUUACCAUGGUGUCGAUCGCAAUAUCGACUUAAGUUGUUUAACAAAACUCACCGUAUAUUAUCCUCUUCCGGUAUUACAAGAAGUCGUUAAAAAAGUUCUCUGCCCUGCGAGAUUAAUCCAGCUAAGCUAUAAUCCUUUAAAACAAUCAGAGCUAUAUGAAGCGCUACUUAAGAUAGAUCCAAUAACCGACAAAGAAUACAAGAAGUUUUUGAAAUUCUACAAAAAUACACCUUUGGUGAAAGAGCGAGCUAGACUGAAUAAGUACAAUGAGAAAAUCCGAGAGCAGGAAGCCAAAGCUAAAGAGAAACAACAAGCAAAAAAAGCACGUUAGUGCUCGUGUUGUAUUGUCUUGUCUGGCAGAUGGUGCAUGUGGAUUGUGCAAUGUAAUAAAAAUGUUAAUAAUAAUUCUAAUUUUCCCAGA